UCGACUUCCGCGCCUCAGGCGGCACGUGGCUUACACGAGCACUACGAGGCGCGGGAGAAGAAAAGCACGAGCCCCUCACGGCCGCCGCGACUUGACAGGAUGGCCCUUUCUCGGGGGAGAGCCGCAGGAGGCUGGCCUGUUUCGCUCUGCAGGAGAUUCAUGACCGUGUGGCGAAAACUCGAGAGCGGCUCGGAGGAAGAGGAAGAGAAGGAGGCGGCGGCGGCCGUGUACGUGCACUGGCCCUACUGCCAGAGGCGCUGCACGUAUUGUAACUUCAAUAAGUAUGUCAAGCCAGCGGUGGAUCAUGAUUUAAUGCAGCAGUGUCUGGUGCGUGAAUCUGAAACUUUACUUCAUCUCAGCCAGAUUAAAAGGAUCUCAUCUGUAUACUUUGGAGGUGGCACACCAAGUCUGGCUAAGCCCGCCACCAUAGCUAAGCUUUUGGAAACGUUUAGCAAAUGUGCUCAGCUGCCGGAUGAUACGGAGGUGACGCUGGAGGUGAAUCCCACAUCUGCCGGAGCUUCAAAACUGGCUGAGUUUCGAUCUGCGGGAGUAAACCGUUUUUCUCUUGGCAUUCAGACUCUAAAUGAUCAAGACCUUGUAACCUUAGGAAGAGAUCACAAUUCCCGGGAUUCAUUACGGACGUUACAAGAAGCCAAAGAGCUAUGUCCGGGACGCACGUCAGUGGAUGUGAUUUUUGGCCGUCCAGGCCAAAGCACAGACUUGUGGGAGAGGGAGCUGGAGGAGCUGCUGGUGGCCUGUGAUGAUCAUGUAUCCUUGUAUCAGUUGACUUUGGAGAGAGGAACGGCUCUUUUUAAACAGGUGCACUCUGGGAAACUAGACAUGCCUACAGAAGAGCAAACGGCUAUUAUGUAUGAGACGGCAAGGGAGAUUCUUAAACAGCAUGGCUUCCAGCAGUAUGAGGUCUCCAAUUUUGCCAGAAAUGAUGCUGUCAGUAACCAUAACUUGAUGUACUGGAGAGGCAGGCAGUAUAUUGGAAUUGGACCAGGAGCUCAUGGAAGGUUCCGUCCAAGCACUGAAGGCGGGGCACAGAGGGAAGCUCGUGUGCAGACACUUGAACCGGAUGUGUGGAUGAUGGAGGUAAAGAACUCCGGCCAUGGAACCAGGAAGAGAGUUCGUCUGACGCAGCUUGACGUUCUAGAGGAAGCCUUGGCAAUGGGUAUGAGAAUGACUCGAGGAAUCACCCAUGAGCACUGGAAGAAAUGUUGUGCAAGUUGGGGUCUCCAGGAUGUUUUCAUGCAGUCUCCGGAGAUUCAGAGUUUAGUCCAACAGGGUUUGCUUAUAAUGGACAACAGGGGGCUCAGGUGCUCCUGGGAGGCACUUGCUGUCCUUGAUUGCCUACUCCCUGUGCUGCUAAAUCAGUUGCAUGUGUUUGCAUCCGACAGACUUGUGAACAACUUUGAAACGCCUUAACCCGUGGCGGGCAUGUUGGUGAUUACGCUUGCCCUUUGUUAAUGUCACUUCAUCCUGGACAAACAUUGGUAAGUGCUCAUACUCUGAAAGUGUUACACGUUCAAGAUUUUGUCCUAUGUAAUGAAGGAGAGAGGAACAAGUUGUUAGGUUGGGGACCACCAAGGUAGCCCCAUUUAGUUGAGGCAAACGAAAGUUCUGAAAAAAAAAAGGAAACAAAUAUAUUGGGAUGAUCAGAUGUCCAGGAAUCCCAGUUCCCUGUUUGGAAUAGCAAGAUCGGCCUCAUGUAGACACGACUUUCAGUCUGACGUUUCCUUAAAAAGACGGUGGGACAGAGAAGGUGGGACUUCCGGGACAGCACCAGAAGUGACAUGGGAGCUCCUCACAAGAGUCGUCUUCUGGUCUGUGGACAAACUGUGUCUCCCUUAUCUCAGAUUUCGCAGACAAUCCCUUGGCGACUCUGUCACUUCUUUUCAUUUAAAAUGGCGUAUGUGGGUUUCAUAAUGCACUGUUAUGAAGGCACUCUGCACGUGGUGUGUUUUUGAGCACUCAUUUUUGUCUUUAUCUGAUAAUUGUGAUGGACAUGUGACAGCUGUUCAUCUGAUGUAAAAUAUCAAUAAAUAAUGGGGACAGCACAAA